UCACUGCGUGUAUGUUCAUUUUCUUUGGUCUGGCGUUAACCUUUUAUGAUUUUAUUUCUUGUCUUCUGUCCUAAGUAUUUUGUGACAUAAUUUGAAUUUUGUUCUGACAUAUAAUUUAUUUAAAGUUUAUUUUUGUCAUACCCUAAUUAAAAAGUUAAUCUUUUUACGAUUAAAUAAAAAGUCUGCUAUGGAGUUGUCAAUUUUCAUCCGCCAUUGUUGAUCUUCGAGGGAAUUACAUAAAUGAAGUGGGAUGGAGACUGAUGAUGCUUUUCUCUGCCACAAAUGUGGCAAAAUAUUCUACAAACUUUCAACCUUAGAGUCACAUUCAAGGUGGAAGCAUGCAGAAAAAACAAAUGAAUUCAUGUGUGAUCAGUGCGGAAGAACAUUUCAGAAAAAAUAUAACUUGAUAAAACAUUUAGAAAGUGCUGUUCAUGAUAUUUCUGAAUCAGUUAAUUGUGCUUUGUGUGUCUUUAAAGCAUUAAACAGGAAGCUGAUGUGUGAACACUAUCAAAGUUGGCAUGGUAUACAUCUGAAGGAAACAAAUGUUUAUUUCAAAACUCCUGAAGAGUUUUUUGUCUGGAAGAGUGAGUAUGAGAACAAAACUAAGUCAAGAUUUGUAAAAAUGUCAAGUAGUCGUAUGAGGAAAAAUGGAUUUAUUAGAAGUACAUAUUUUUGUCACAGAGAUGGCAAUUUCAUACCUAAAGGGAGAAAUUUGAGGCACAUGAAAGUAAAAGGAUCCAAUAAAAUAAAUGCCCAUUGCCCAGCCAAAAUUGAAGUUGAAAUGGGGGAGAAAAUCACAAUUGUUAGUUAUAUAGACACUCACCUGGGUCACAAUCAAGACAUUUCUAGAAUGAGCAUAGAUCCGGAUGACAAAUUAUUGAUAGCAAAAAAACUUGCUUUAAAAGUUCCAUUCGAUCAAAUUCUUGAUGAUAUUAACAGUUUCAGAAGAGAUGGUAUUGAUACGAAGCGAGUUCAUUUGUUAACUAGAAAGGAUCUUUGGAAUAUAGUAGACUCUUUUAAGAUAAAUCCCAAAAAUGUUGUUUUCAGUAAAAAUAACAUAAGAAGAAAGAAGAAGAUGCAGGAUUUGGAAAAUGGACAAAGAAUGAGUUCAGAUACACUGAACAUGUAUAGCCAAGAGAAUAACAGUGUUGAUGAUGAAAAAGUGAUUUAUGAACACACUGAGGAGGAAGAAUAUACUGACACACAAGUUGUUUCAGUGAAACAGGAAAAUAUAGUAUAUUAUCCUGUUGAUGAAGACCAUCAGUAUGUUGAGGGAUAUUCACUAAUGGCUGAUGAAAGUGAUGAAGAGGGUGGGACAUGUUUAAUCAUCAAUGCUAAUGGAGAACUUGAAAGCAUCACUGGUCAUAAAAUAAUUUAUACUGAGGAGGGUAAUAUAGAAAUUUGUAAAGCCUUAAACAUGGAUGAAAGUAAAAUAAUUUAUGAUGAUGGUACCACGGUUUCGCAACAAACACAAACCCUGUCUAAGUCCGAGACCAGAAAGAAUGAAGAAACGGAAGAUUACUUUUCAGAGGGAGUAUCAACAAAUAAGUCUACAUUACUUAAGUCCAAAAUGACAUCUUCACAGAAUGAAACAGGCUACAAUGAAAAACUAGACGAGUGUGUCACAGAAAAUGUAAAUUAUACAGAAGUAGCUGAGGACCAAUAUAUACAGCUGAUGGAAGUAGAAGAGGUUGUAGAAGAUCCCGAAACAGUAAUAAUCAAAACUGAAAAUAAUGAAGGUGGGUUGGAUCAGUCAAUGAUGUCUGUAAAAGACGACUCAUCUCAGUAUGAAGUAACAAUAUCAAACUACCAAGGAGGAGAUGAUGACUACGUAAUCAUUUCAACUGAAAAUGAAGACAUGGUUGAAUGUGGAUCCAGUAUUGAUUCAUCUGAAACGUAUACUACUACUGAAGAUUUAGAUGCAUCAAUAUCUCUUGAAACAGUAGUUCUUGACACAAGUGAAAAUGGCCAUGAAUACAACAUAGAAUCGACAGAUGUAAUAGCUACAAGUGGUGGACCGGCCAAGUGGAAAAAUACAUCUAGGGUGUUACAAAAAACUUUCAAUAUUGAAGACUUGAGUAAGCUUAAUAGUGAACAGGAGUUGCAUGUUUAUUCAAGUAAUAUUUCCUCACUAGAAAAUGUCAUAGAAGUUUUCUCUGAAAAUAUCAGCAAAGAUUAAGAACAUUAAUAUUAAUGUAAAGGAUUGUUGAAUAUUUAUUUAAACAAUUUUUUAUUCCCAUUUUGUUUUAAGUAGUUAUAUUAAUCAAUUCGGUAUUGUAAAUCAGGACACUGUUAUUUAAAAAAAUACUUGUCAAUAAACAUUUGGUUUUUUAAUAAAAAAUACUUACUCUUUAAAUAUGUUAUAUUUAAAUAAACUAGGCACAUAAAUCAAACAGAAUGUUUCACUGUAAUGAGUUUUGCUACAUUGACAAAAUAAAACUGGUGUCACUAAUAACACCUCUUAAUUUAAAUUUUUAACUUAAAUAAAAACUGUUGAAUGUAAAUUCAGAGCAAACCCAAGGAUUAAACCAUAAGGGUAAAAACACACAUACAGCGAUUGUGGGGCGAUUCCGUGCAAGCUGUAGCGGCGCGACUGAGAGCGAUUGACAUCGCACACAUUCAGCAAGUAGCGAGAGCGACACAAAUGAGAGCUCGAUAAUUUCCAAGAUAUCACAUAGUAAGUUUUCACGCAAUUUGCAUUACAGUGAAAAUACGUGACUAAAAACAUUCAUUUUGCAUGCUUUAAACCGAUCGGAGUGGUUACAUGGAAUGAAUGGAGGAAGGGAGGUACAUGGUGAAUAUAACCACUUGUUUCCACUUCUUAAAGAAGCAUUAAUCGCGAUUCAUGCAAUACAUGUCUACCUCGACCUCUUACAUAAAGAGAUACAUUCUUUCAAAAAGAGAAGGUUCGAGAAGGUUCCAAAACCCUCUGGGUAGGUUCCAUUUCCAGUAGAAUGGAGGUACAGAGCGGACUACUGGCGAAAGUGGAACUAAAAAUUUCCACAAGAUCUUUGCCCGCUCCGCUCUCAAACUCUAGAAAAACAAACGAGAUUGUUUCAAAGUUAACUGCUCCGCUCCGCUACACUCGCUUCAGCUGUUUGUGUGCGCGUUACUACUUGAUUGUAUGGGUUUGAUUUUGUCUCUCUAAAUCGUGCCGCUCCGCCCCGCCCCCAGUCUCUGUUUGUGUGUUUCUACCCUUAGGCUUGCAUUAAAGCAGAUAGCAGAAAAUUAUAAAGUACUAGCUGUACCCGCGGGCUUUGCCCCCGUUUAACUUCAUAUUCGUAUUUGCAUGCCUCAAUCACGUCCUGGUUGAAGUUCGUUCGCUACGCUCACUUGCUUUCAGGUUGAAGUUCGUUUGCUACGCUCACUCACCUAUUGUUUGCAAAUUAGCUGUUACAAAUUUAAAAAAAUAUAUAGUGCUGCACCCUGUUGGUAAUCCUUGUAAAUUUAAAGCUAUUGAACAUCAUAGAACAGAAACAGCUUGUUUAAUUGAAACAGCUGUUAAGAUUCAUUAAUUCCUUUUAAAUAUGAAAAAUCAUAAGCUUAACAUGGGAAACUCCAGAGCCACUGGGGCGGAGCCGGAGAGUCCGAUCAGAAUAAAAACUACUUAGUUUUCCUAUUUAAUGCCCAAAGAAUCAGUGUACCGAAUUUCAGCCUCCUAGGUAAAUGGGAAGUGGGAGAAUUAGUGAUGAGUGAGUGAGUCAGUCAGUCAGUCAGUGAGGGCUUUGCCUUUUAUAUAUUUAGAUUAAGUUCUCACAUGUAGUCUGGUUUUGAUAAAAGAGAAGUUUGGUUUUUAUUAACAUGCCUGACACAACAUUUAGCUGUAAAAAUCUAACAAAUAUUUUUAAUUUUACUUUCAAACAUUUUUACUGUUCAUGGAUCCAUUAUUUAAAGAAUCCAUAAUUAAAGAUAAAACAAUCUGUGAUGUUUAGCUAAAUAUUUUAAACCUUAAAAUAAUACCUGUCAUUUACUAUGCUUUUUAUGGCUGUAUACAAUGUUGGAUUUCAUAUUCUCAGUUAAGACUUUUUUAAUUUACGUGACUUUGAUGUGUUUAGCCAUAAAUGGUGUAUUUUUAUGAACAGAUUUUGUGCAGUAAAGAUUUAUUAUGUUUGGAUGUAAUCUGUGUUAUUUUUUGUCUUAACAUGGGACUGGGAUAUGUGUGUUUAUAAACAAAAGUAAUAAAGGAUACAAAAUAAAUGUAUAUUGAAAAUAAGUUUAAUCGAUCUGCCAAUAGUGUGCUGCUGUCAAAUACUUUUUUAUUCUUGUCCACCGACUAAAAUUAAUUUAAACCAUGAGGAAACAUAUAGUUAAUUAUAAAUAGUAGACAAACUAGCUUUAAAAAAUAUCUGAGAACAUAGUUUUUUUAUUUUAUAACAGUGCACUUUGAGAGUCAUUCAAUAUUAUCUCUUUGAAUGAAAAAAAAAUGAUCCCUGUAAAUGGAAUCUACUGGCAAAACUUUAAUCCAGCAGUUAACAUAAUAUUAAAUUCGGGGUUUUGGUUUGUAUGAGGACAAACAACAGUAUUAACUUCUGUGUCACUAUUUAAUGGUUGACUUCUCUGUUGAACAUGUCAAUAAACAAUGUUGUAGCUAGAUACAUGAUUUUGGGUCUUGUAAUAGCUUGAAAAUUAUCAAAUGACCACAGUAAGCAGCUGCAAUCAUCCUUAGUCCUACAAGAGCUAUGUUUUUGUGAUUUAAAUGGUUUUAACUAUUGUAAGUUUUAAAUCCCUUCAUUUCUAAUUAUACAAGCCAUCUAUUGUUUUAAA